AAAAUGUCGACUUGAAUCACAACAUACACGCUUGAGUUUUGCCCAGGUGUGUGUGGGGGGAGCGCUGGCGAGCGCGAUCGAUCUGCUCGGCCACGAAACGUGAUCGAACGAGCUGAUCGGAAAGGUUGUUUACACGGGAAAUCGGUGCCCGCGUCAGAGCCCUGAACUUUGAAGGGGGAAACGGCCCCGCCGACACGACAAACGGCCGCCUUUUCGUCCCAAUUAAUCGCGCGGGAGCCGCGCGACUUCGAAACGGCGAUAUUUAUCGAUCUCGCCGCUGAAACGCGAGAAAGUGCGUUUCGGCGCAGGCAGUGACUCGGCUACCUCUAGGGCGAGGAGGCGGGCCGCGGCAGCACAUGCCUCCGCUUCGAGCGACGCGAUUGGCCGCGUGGAGACGGGCAGGCCGCGUUCUCGCCUGUGAUUGGCCGAGACGCGCGUCCGUCCGGCGCCCCCCGCAGGUCUGUAGUGGCAUAUAAGAGCGUGCGAGGAGCUCUGGCUCUGCCUGAGAUCCAGCAGCCCCGAGCUUCUGCUCAGCCCGACAGGCUCGGACACAAUAACGUCCACUUUCUGGCAUUCACGCACACACCAUGCCGAGGCCCCCGAGCUCGGACGGCCGCUCAGACACGCGUGUUUAGGGAAACCGACUUUUCCAAGGAGCCUCCCAGAUUUAGACCCUCUCUCACACUUGGUGCAUUUCUGUUUGGGGUUCAAGGGGUCACAGGAAACGCGUGCGCACGGGUCCAUGCAGGCGGCGGUGGCUAAUGGAAGAUGAUUGAGAUGUCCUUAGAGAAAGAGACUGUGUUAGCAGGCGACGGCGUGGGGGGCGUUUUAAGCCCGCCCCAGAAUCUUCUGGGGCGCACCAAGACCCCCAGCCCACCCACCCAGGUGCCCAUUGGCAUCGGGGCGCCUUUCAUGGCGAACAUGGUGCUGGCAGAGCUGCCCCCCUCGGAGGUGGAGGGCGGCGUCUCCGAGACGUUGCGGGUGAGGGGGGACGGCAAGCCUCUGCAGCUGAAGAACGGCCUGCAGUCUCAGGCCGGGCCUCAGCAGCAGCAGCAGAAACUCAGCAAGCGGCGCUACAGCAUGAACGCAGGCUUCAAGCACCCCGGGUUCAGCAAGCGCCGGCGGCGCGCCAACUCGGACUGCGACCCCGUGCUGCCCACCAACUUCCUGCUGGGUGGGAACAUCUUCGACCCGCUUAACCUCAACAGCCUGCUGGACGAGGAGGUGAACAAGGCGCUGAACGCCGAGACGCCCAAAUCGUCGCCCCUGCCGGCUAAAAGCCGGGAGCCCGUGGAGAUCCUGAUCCCCAAGGACAUCACGGACCCUCUGAACCUGAGCGGGAGGGGCGGCGACGCCCACGGAGGGGUUCUGGUGUCGCCCAUGAAGAGCGGCGGCAGGAGGCGCCACAGGAACCGGCAUCACGGUGGGCCCAACGGGGGCCAGCUUGACCCCGCUGACUCUGACCGGUCGAAGGGGGACGAGGGUGGGAGGCAGUUGUUUCCUGUUCAGCACGCGGAAGCGGGGCAGGAGGGUGCCGUUCCAGAGGAGUCCAGAGAGGGCGUCAUCCCGCUCGACCUGGAACCGGUGGAGGAGUCGCCGCGCCCCUACGAACUCAACACGUCCAUCAACUGCAGGGAUGAGGUCGUCCCGCCCAUUUUGCCACGACGGCGAUCAAACACCUCGACUAACUCCGCCCCUCAAGCACAAACGGGAAGUAGCAAUUCCACAAGCUCCACGCAUCCAGCCAAACACCGGAAGCGCCGGCGCACCAUCAGCCGCUCGGAACGCCUGUCGAUCACGCCGACUCCCACCGUCAAGCAGUCCAGUGUGGAUAGGGUUCGGAGUCAAACCUUCCACACGCCCGUUGUGGCCGGGGCCGCAGGUGGCCAUCGCACCGGAUCCCGUCAGGCGGCGCAGAACAAACGCAAGCCGCAGCGCAAAUUCCAGUACGGUACCUACAGCCGUUACUAUGGCUACCAAACCCCGGGACUCAACAGAGAUCCACGUCUGGCGGUUUUCCGGCCUGAGUGGUUCCGUGGGAGAAAGGUUCUGGACGUCGGAUGUAACGUGGGUCACGUGACCCUCGCCAUUGCCAAGCACUGGAGCCCCGCCCACAUUCUGGGCCUGGACAUUGAUGGCAGGCUGGUGCACGCUGCGCGGCAGAACCUUCGCCACUUCCUGUCUGAGCUGCAGAGACAGGAAGUGCAGAGAGGGAACUCUGCCUGGGGGGAGUUGAGCAGGCCGAGGAGAAAAGAUGACGAGCCGGAGGAAGAGGGAACGGAGCGACUCGGAGAGACGAAGGAGAAGCGGGAGGAGGCUGAAGCGCGCGGGGGUCCGCCGGGGGGACGGGCGCGGGAGCUGGUUCCUUUAAUGAAGCUGAAGCUGGAGCUGCUUCGGCCUUUUCCCGUCUCCUUCAGACUGUGCAGGGGACCCAUCGCGGCCCCCCCCCUGCAGCCACACACCCCCGGGGUCUUCCCCAACAACGUGUCCUUCAUGAAGGGGAACUACGUGCCGGAGAGCGAGGCGGCUGUGAUGUCCCAGCGUGCGGAGUAUGACGCCAUCCUGUGUUUGGGCGUGACGAAGUGGGUGCACCUGAACUGGGGCGAUUUGGGGCUGCAGUGGUUCUUUAAGCGAGCGUACAGACACCUGACGCCGGGAGGAGUCCUCAUACUGGAGCCUCAGCCCUGGAGCUCCUACAGCAAGAGGAAGAGACUGACGGAAACCACCUUCAGAAACUACAACUGCAUCCGGCUCAGACCUGACCAGUUCAGCACCUACCUCACCUCCGAGGUGGGCUUCACCAGCUACGAGCUCAUCAGCACGCCCAACAGCUGCCCUAAAGGACUCCAGAGGCCGAUCUAUCUUUUCCACAAAGGCCCCGCCUCCUGCAGGAAGUGAGGGACCAGUCGAGUCUGCAGCUGGUCUGAGCAGAUGCUCUGAAUGUUCUGCUGUAACGUGGCUUCAUCAGAGAUGUGACGUGUUCCUCGGCGCUCUCUUCUGAAAGAACUGCUGCUCCGCCAGCGUCUUCAUGGAAGUGCUGAACUUCUCAACUUUAAAUGUCUUACAGUGACCCUCGAAUUCAGCUCCACAGACUCCUUUACGGCUCUUGGAGACGACGGACUGCUCUCUCUUUCCGUCGCGCCGUUCUGGGAGGAAAGGAGGAGAGGUAACACGCACACGCUGACGGACUAACAAAGGUGUGUGAGCGUUUCUAAUCUUUUUAAUAGACAUUAAACCCGUCAGUCCUGAUCUUCUUAUCGGUUCCAGUAUCUUUUAUAUUGAGCAUUGUGUGAAACUGUUCAUGGACUCGGCACGAGAGAAGCUGGAGGAAAGCUCGGUGUGUUCGUCCAAGAAGGAACUCUGGCUUUCGAUGGGAUCUGCGUGAGGUAGAGUGUAUGUGGUUUUGAAUGUGUUCAUUGUAUAAAAAAUAAAUGAUUCUGAGAUGAAAA